CUAGGUUCUGUGUCUUCCAGCUAUAAAUUUCAAGCGAGGGUGAGGCAAUCGCCUGCUCUUUCGGUGGCCGCGCGGAGCUUCCUGCUGUUCCAACAUGUCGAAGCGAGGUCGCGGAGGAACUGCAGGCAACAAGUUUCGGAUGUCACUGGGUCUACCGGUGGCGGCGACGGUGAACUGCGCUGACAACACGGGGGCAAAGAACCUAUACAUCAUUUCCGUCAAGGGGAUCAAGGGUCGUCUCAAUCGCCUACCCUCGGCCUGCGUCGGUGACAUGGUUAUGGCCACCGUAAAGAAGGGGAAGCCUGACCUCAGGAAGAAGGUCAUGCCGGCUGUCAUCGUUCGUCAGCGUAAGCCGUGGCGCCGAAAGGAUGGCGUCUACAUGUACUUUGAAGAUAAUGCUGGAGUGAUUGUCAAUCCAAAGGGUGAAAUGAAAGGAUCUGCCAUCACUGGACCCAUCGGCAAGGAAUGCGCUGACCUGUGGCCAAGGAUUGCAAGUGCAGCAAACGCAAUUGUGUAAUUUGAGGUUUCUUGGGAUCAACUGUUUGACGUUUUGGUUUCGGUGUCCUUUCACGUCUUUCAGGAUAUAGUUAACAGUCUAUUGCUGCGUCGUCGCUUAGCAGUUAUUUUUCAGAACAUUUUCACUAUGUGGAUCAUAUUUCUCAUAAUUCGGCCAUUUGAUUUUUGAACUCUA